UUGGAAAACAGUCUCUGUGCAGAAGUUCAUUCUGGACUGGGCUGAAGGAAUAGCAAAUCAGGAUGUCCAAUUUGUAUUUUCAUUCCCUUUUCGGGAGCUGAAUUUGAUGAAAGAGGACAAACACACUUUCAUUGAACUUCUUAAUCACUUCUCAAUGGAAACCAAACAAUCAGGAAUCUCCAUAUACAACAAGUACAAAGUUCUGUUCAUCUUUGAUGGUCUGGAUGAGUGCCGACUGCCCCUAGACUUCCAGAAGAACAAGAUCUGUUGGGACGUCACAGAGUCAACCUCAGUGGAUGUUCUGCUGACAAAUCUCAUCAGGGGAAAUCUGCUUCCCUCUGCUCUCCUCUGGAUAACUACCCGACCUGCAGCAGCCAAUAAGAUCCCUUCAAGGUGUGUUGACCAGGUAACAGAGGUACGAGGGUUCAAUGACCCACAGAAGGAGGAGUACUUCAGGAAGAGAUUCAGUGAUGAGGACCUGGCCAGCAGAAUCAUCUCACACAUAAAGACAUCAAGGAGCCUCCACAUCAUGUGCCACAUUCCAGUCUUCUGUUGGAUUUCUGCAACAGUCCUUGAACACAUGCUGAAACAUAAGAGAGAAGAGAUGCCCAAGACUCUGACUGAGAUGUACACACACCUUGUGGAGUUUCAUACCAAACAGAAGAAUGAAAAGUAUCUUGGGAAAGAAGAGACAGGUCCACACUGGAAUAAAGAGAGCAUUCUGUCACUGGGAAAACUGGCUUUUCAACAGCUUGUGAAUGGCAAUCUGAUUUUCUAUGAAGGAGACCUGAAAGAGGCUGGCAUUGAUGUCAAUGAAGCCUCAGUGUACUCAGGAUUGUGCACACAGCUCUUUAAAGAGGAAUGCGUGCUGUACCAGGACAAGGUGUACUGCUUUGUUCAUCUGAGCAUUCAGGAGUUUCUGGCUGCUGUAUAUGUGUUCCUCUCAUUCAUCAACAACAAUGAGAAUCUAAUGGACAAACUGCAAACAAACGACAAGCCUGAAGUUGCUUUCUACAAGAGUGCUGUGGAUAAAGCCUUACAAAGUGAGACGGGAAACCUGGACCUUUUCCUCCGCUUCCUUCUGGGCCUCUCAUUGGAGUCCAAUCAGAAGCACUUACGAGGUCUACUGACAAAGACAAGAAGCAGCUCACAGAGCCAUGAAGAAACAGUCAAGUACAUCAAGAAGAAGAUCAGGGAGAAUCCCUCUCCAGAGAGGAGCAUCAAUCUGUUCCACUGUCUGAAUGAACUGAAUGACCAUUCUCUAGUGGAGGAGAUCCAAAGAUACCUGAGCUCAGGAAGUCUCUCUGAAGCCAAACUGUCACCUGCACAGUGGUCAGCUCUGGUCUUUGUGUUGCUGACUUCAGAAAAGGAGCUGGAUGUGUUUGACCUGAAGAAAUACUCCAGAUCAGAGGAAGGUCUUCUGAGGCUGCUGCCAGUGGUCAAAGCCUCCAGAGCUGUUCUGCUGUCAGGCUGUGGAGUCACAGAGGAAGGCUGUGCUUCUCUGGUCUCAGCUCUGGAGUCAAACCCCUCACACCUGAGAGAGCUGGAUCUGAGUAACAAUGACUUGAAUGAUUCAGGAGUGAAGCUGCUCUCUGCUGGACUGGGGAAUCCCCACUGUAAACUGGAGACUCUGAGGCUGUCAGGCUGUCUAGUCACAGAGGAAGGAUGUGCUUCUCUGGUCUCAGCUCUGAGGUCAAACCCCUCACACCUGAGAGAGCUGGACCUGAGCUACAAUCACCUAGGAGACUCAGGAGUCAGACUGCUCUCUGCUGGACUGGAGGAUCCACACUGCAGACUGGAGAAACUCAAUGUGGAACAUGGUGGAGAGAACAGAAUGAAACCUGGACUUAGAAAAUAUGUCUGUGAUCUCACACUGGACCUAAACACAGUAAACAGACUCCUCUCUCUGUCUGAGGAGAACAGAAAGGUGACAUGGAGGACAGAGAAGCAGCCGUAUCCUGAUCACCCAGAGAGAUUUGAGGACUGUAGACAGGUGCUGUGUAGAGAGGGUCUGACUGGGCGCUGUUACUGGGAGGUCGAGUGGAGUGGAGAGGCUGUUAUAGGAGUGACAUAUAAAGGAAUCAGCAGGAGAGGAGAGAAGAAGGACUGUUGUCUUGGACACAAUGACAAGUCCUGGAGUCUGGUCUGCACUGACAGCAGUUACUAUGCCUGUCACAAUAAUAAUCCCACUACCAUAGACGUCCCCUCCUCCAGCCCCCACAGAGUAGGAGUGUAUCUGGACUGGCCAGCCGGCACUCUGUCCUUCUAUAGAGCCUCCUCUGACACAAUGACCCACCUGAUCACAUUCACCUCCACAUUCACUGAGCCCCUCUAUCCAGGGUUUAGGGUUCAUUAUUACUCCAACUCAGUGUCUCUCUGUCAGUGAUACACACACACACACACACACACACACACACACACACACACACACACACACACACACACACACACACACACACACACACACACACACACACACACACAAAUAGACACACACACACACACACACACAAAUAGACACACACACACACACACACACACACACACACACACACACACACUGGACAAACAAAACUACACACACACGCUGGACACACACACACACACUGAACACACACACACACAGACUUGACACACAAACACUGGACAAAAAACACACACACACUGGACAAACAAAAACACACACACACACACACACAAACACACACACACUGGACACACACACAUUGAACACACACACACACACACACACACACUGGACAAACACACACACUGGAAAAACACACACUGAACACACACACACAAACACACUGGACACACACACACACUGAACACACACACAAACACACUGGACACACACACACACUGAACACACACACACACACUGGACACACACACAUUGAACACACACACACACACACACACACACACACUGGACAAACAAAAAUACACAAACACACACACACUGAACACACACACACAAUGGACAAACACACACUGAACACACACAGGACACACACACUGGACAAACACACACUGAACACACACACACACACACACACUGGACACACACACACACACUGGACACACACACACUGAACACACACACACACACUGGACAAACACACACACACACACUGGACACACUGGACACACACACUGGACACACACACACACUGGACACACACACACACUGGACACACACACACACUGACACACACACUGAACACACACUGGACAAACAAAAACACACACACACACACACACACUGGACACACACACUGGACACACACACACUGGACAAACAAACACACACACACACACACACACACACACACACUGGACACACACACACUGGACAUACACACACACUGACACACACACUGGACACACAUACACACUGGACACACUGGACACACACACUGGACACACACACACUGGACAAACAAACACACACACACACACACACACUGGACACACACACUGGACACACACACACUGGACACACACACACACACACUGACACACACACUGGACACACUGGACACACAAAUACACUGGACACACUGGACACACACACUGGACACACACACACUGGACACACACACACACUGACACACACACACACACACACACUGAACAAAACAAAAACACACACACACUGGACACACUGGACACACACACACUGGACAAACAAACACACACACACACACAUACACACACACACACUGGACACACACACACACACUGGACACACACACACACACUGGACACACACACACACUGGACACACACACACACUGGACACACACACACACAGGACACACACACUGGACAAACACACACUGAACACACACACACACACACUGGACAAACACACACACACACACACACACUGGACACACAGACACACACACUGGACACACACACACUGAACACACACACACACACUGGACAAACACACACACACACACACACACUGGACACACUGGACACACACACACACUGGACACACACACACACUGGACACACACACACACUGACACACACACUGAACACACACUGGACAAACAAAAACACACACACACACACACUGGACACACUGGACACACACACUGGACACACACACACUGGACAAACAAACACACACACACACACACACACACACUGGACACACACACUGGACACACACACACUGGACAUACACACACACUGACACACACACUGGACACACUGGACACACACACACACUGGACACACUGGACACACACACUGGACACACACACACUGGACAAACAAACACACACACACACACACACACACACACUGGACACACACACUGGACACACACACACUGGACACACACACACACUGACACACACACUGGACACACACACACACUGGACACACACACUGGACACACACACACUGGACACACACACACACUGACACACACACACACACACACACACUGGACAAACAAAAACACACACACACACACACUGGACACACUGGACACACACACUGGACACACACACACUGGACAAACAAACACACACACACACACAUACACACACACACACUGGACACACACACACACACACUGGACACACACACACACUGGACACACACACACACUGGACACACACACACACUGAACACACACACACACUGGACAAACAAAAAGACACACACACACACUGGACACACACACUGGACAAACAAAAAGACACACACACACACCGGACACACUGGACACACACACACACUGGACAAACAAACACACACACACACACACUGGACACACACACACACUGGACACACACACACACUGAACACACA